GCGGCGGCGGCCAGGGAAUGGGCUGCCGCGGGGAGGAGAGGCGCCGGUUGGGCGGCGGAGCGGGCGGGCGGCUCGGGAGCAGCCGGCGGCCUGGCAUGGGGUCCCCGGGCGGUCGCAGCAGCCCCAGCGCCCGCGGCAGCCUGCAGCACUUGCUCCUCUUCCUGCUCUUCGUUGGACCAUUCAACUGCUUUGCCAGUUACAGCCGCGCCACCGAACUCUUCUACAGCCUCAAUGAGGGGCUGCCUGCCGGCGUGCUCAUUGGCAGCCUAGCCCGUGAUCUGAGGCUGCCCACGACUGGGGGGCAGCGCCCUGCAGCUUCUCAGCCUCCCCUCUCCUUCACCCUGGCUUCUCGUGGCUUGGGAGGACAGUAUGUGCAUCUGGACAACCGCUCCGGAGAGCUACACACUUCGGCUUUGGAGAUUGACCGGGAGGCUUUGUGCAUGGAGAGCAGUGGGUCCACUGUCCCUGGAGAGGCAGAUACGGUAUCCUUGUCCUCCUCAUCCUCGCCUGACUCAUGCCUGCUUCUGCUGGAUGUGCUGGUACUACCACAGGAAUACUUCCGUCUGGUGAAGGUGAAAAUUGCUAUCCGUGAUGUCAAUGACAAUGCUCCUCACUUCCCUGUGCCCCACAUCCGCCUCUCGGUGCCUGAGAAUGCACCUGUGAACACCCGCCUGGCUAUCGAGCACCCUGCCCUUGACCCUGAUGUGGGCACCAAUGGUGUCCAGACCUACCGUCUACGAGAUAACUAUGGUGUGUUCACCCUGGAUGUGGAGGAGAACGAAAGUGGAGAGCGGACCCCCUACCUGAUUGUAAUGGGGGCUUUGGACAGGGAGACACGGGAGGAAUAUGUCACAGUCAUCAUUGCUGAGGAUGGAGGCACUCCUCCACUUGUGGGUAGUGCUACCCUUACUAUUGGCAUCAGUGACAUCAAUGACAACUGCCCCCAAUUCAGUGACUCACAGCUCAACAUCACUCUUUAUGGGAAUUCCAGCCUGGGAACACACGUGGCCACUGUUCAUGCAGUAGACCUGGACCUUGGAUCCAAUGCACAAAUCACCUAUUCCUACAGCCAGAAGGUCCCUCAGCCAUCCAGAGACUUGUUCCAUCUAGAUGAAAGCACAGGAGUCAUCACACUAUCCAGUAAGGUUGAUGGGAACACUCCAAGGCUUCACAGACUGAUCAUAUUAGGCAAUGGUCCUGGUUGUAUCCCUGCUGUUAUCACAGUGCUAGUGACCAUCAUCAAAGUCAUGGUGAGGCCACCUGAAGUUGUCCCUCGUUUCAUAGCUAAUGAAGUGGAAGGAGUGGUAUACUUAAAGGAACUGGAGCCUAUCAACACACCAAUAGCAUUUUUUACCAUCAAAGACCCUGAUGAAAAAUAUAAGGUCAAUUGCUAUUUGGAUGGUGAUGGGCCUUUCAGGCUUUCACCAUACAAGCCAUACAACAAUGAAUACUUGUUAGAAACCACAAAACCUUUAGACUAUGAGACACAGCAGCUAUAUGAAAUCUCUGUAGUGGCAUGGAACUCUGAAGGAUUUAACGUAAACAAAGUAAUAAAAGUACAAGUUUUGGAUGACAAUGACAACUCACCAGUUUUCUCUCAACAGCUGAUAGAAAUAUCGAUUGAGGAAAAUAAUGUUCCCAAUGCUUUCUUGACCAAACUGCAUGCUACAGAUGCUGACAGUGGAGAAAGAGGGGAAGUGUCCUAUUUUUUAGGGCCUGAUGCCCCUUCCUAUUUUUCUUUAGAUAAAACCACAGGAGUUCUUACAGUUACCACUCAAUUGGAUAGAGAAGAAAAAGAGAAGUACAGAUAUACUGUGAAAGCAGUAGAUUCUGGAUUCCCUCCAAGAGAAUCAAUAGCAACUGUCACCAUCACUGUACUGGAUAAAAAUGAUAAUAGCCCAAGAUUUAUCAAUAAGGAUUUCAGCUUUUUUGUGCCAGAAAACUUUCCAGGUUUUGGUGAAAUUGGAGUUAUCAGUGUCACAGACGCUGAUGCAGGACAAAAUGGAUGGGUUGCUCUUUCAGUUCUGAAUGGAAGUGAUAUUUUUGUCAUAGAUACUGGAAAGGGAGUUUUGAGAGCUAAAGUCUCUCUUGAUAGGGAGCAACAAAGCUCCUAUGUUCUGUGGAUUGAAGCAGUUGAUGGUGGUGAUCCUGCCUUGUCUUCUACUGCAAAAAUAACAAUCCUUCUUCUAGACAUAAAUGACAACCCCCCUUUGGUAUUGUUUCCUCAGUCUAAUAUGUCUUAUCUGUUGGUUCUUCCUUCUACCCUUCCUGGCUCUCCCAUCACUGAGGUCUAUGCUGUUGAUAAGGACACUGGCAUGAAUGCAGUCAUAGCAUACAGCAUCAUAGGAAGAAGAGGCCCCCGACCAGAGUCAUUUAGGAUUGACCCUAAAACCGGUAAUAUCACCUUGGAAGAAUCACUCAUGCAAAAUGACUAUGGUCUGUAUCGGCUGCUUGUAAAAGUUAGUGAUCAUGGCUAUCCAGAACCACUCCAUUCCACUGUCAUGGUGAAUCUUUUUGUCAAUGACACUGUUAGCAAUGAGAGCUACAUUGAAAGUUUGUUAAGAAAGGAGCCUGAUAUCAAUAUAGAAGAGAAGCAGCCACAAAUAUCUGUAGAACCUACACAUAAAAAAAUGGAGUCAGCAUCCUGCAUGCCUACUUUAGUAGCUCUGUCAAUAAUAAGUUUGGGUUCAAUCACUUUAGUAACUGGGAUGGGCAUUUACAUCUGUCUAAGAAAAGGGAAAAAGCACCACAGAGCAGAUGAAAACUUGGAAGUACAAAUCCCUUUAAAUGGAAGAAUUAACCUGCACAUGUUGGAGAAGAAACCAGUGGAGAUUUCUAACAUUUGAUGUUUCCUUGUGGAUAAUCCAGAUCAAUAUCUGAGAAACCUUGGACGACUCUGAAACAGCUAGCCGUGGGCUGUAUUGACAGGUUGCAGUGAAGGACCGCUAAUUUAUAACUUAAUAUAAUUGUAAAUAGCUGUUUACAGUUUUUUAAACUCAAGUUCAGUGUACAGCUUUUUUAUGAAACCUUAGUACUAACAGCUAGCACCAUGUCUAUAAAAGCAUAGACAUCAUUUGCAGCUUUCAUUAAUCAGUAUGAUCAGUGACCAU